CACAUUUUGGCCUAUGUGCGCGGCCACAUUUCCUUGUUGACCCAUUGAGCCACUAGACGACUGACUGAAGAGCUUGGAGAAUGGAUGGCUUGGAGAAUGACCAGGAGGAGGUCCGCCACCAGCCGAGGGUCACCAUGCCGUACGGCAGUGUCCAGGCCACCAGUCCAGGCAGUCAGGAUACCCAUUCCCAAUAUGCCAUGUACUAUAAUCAGCAAAGGGAUGCUGGACUCUCGGACAGCUACAUGCUGAUGACGCCCUUUCUGUCCAGUCCCGAGAAUCAUAACCAUGCCCUCACUCAUUCGCCGCCCACUUACACCGCCCUGGUGGCGCCACGUCGAAACGAAACCAAUCCGGGAUUCGAAUCUCUGGCCGGGCGCUGCGACAAGUGCAGUUCGCUGGUCGGACUCUGCCGCUGUGACGCCACCCGCUAUGCGGACUCCACCCAGGGUGGAUCCAACCUAGAGCAGCCCUCCUCCUCCACAGCGGCCUCGUCGUCCUCCUCCGCCAAUCCACCUAAUCCUGACCAGGCCAUUCCACGACCCAAGCGAAAGAAGACUGAACCGCUGAACAUCGAACAGGAUGGCGACAAUGCUGGCGAUGCAGUGGUGGCCUCCAUUAGCGGCACUUGGCCUGCCGGCGCCAUGGAGGAGCACGCCAUGGAUGCCACCUCAGUCGUCUACGAACUGCCCUCCAGUUCGCAGCAGUUGCAGCUGAGCAAUAGCUCUUUUGAGACAUCGGCUGCGAAUGCCUACGAUGAUGUGACUUCCAGUGCCUCGGAUACGGAGCAUGGUCAGUUUGCCAAUACGAGGACGACAAAUACCACAACGACCACGUCGGCUUUGCAGGCGCACAAGAAGAAGGCCAGUCGUUCGAGGGAUGCUGAAAAUUCCUCAGCAGGAGCUGCAGAUGCCGAUGCCACGCCGAGCACAAGUGCGCAGUCAAGGAGGCGGCAGGUGAAUCAUUUUUCCUACCGCAGCUCCAGAGCUUUGGAGCCGGAAAACGAGAGCAGCGACGAUGGCUGGGACCUGCGUGUUCAUAAUCCAGCUCCACCCAUUGAGCCGGCAGUUACAAUUAUACGAGGAGGGAGAGAACGAUCCAUUGAGGAGGCGGAGGAGGAGGCUGGGCACACGGAUCACAACUACUACAAUAGCCGAAGACCGGAUAGCACAUAUAUGCGAGCCGCGUAUUGCUCCACGGCCACCCACACCACGCGCAGUGUGGAUUAUGGAUCGCACAUGGGAUCUCACAUGGGUUCACCGUCCACUACAAUGGAGCAGGAACAGCAGCAGCAGCAGCAAUUGCAGCAGCAACUUCCGUCAGAGCAGGUUAAUCACCAGGAGCAGCGCUCUGAAGAGCAGGAAGAUUCUGGGAUGACCUGGCGACGUGUGCGCUUCCAAGACGAAGCCGCCAUGCCGCCCAGGAAGCAGCCGCGCUGGGAAAUCCCCGGCCGUUCGCGCUCCAAACUGUCCUCCACGAACUACAACUCAUUUCAUCCGGGAAGGAGCAGGCAUCGCACCUACGCAGAGCAGAGAGCGCCAAGCCAGGUAGCCUUUCCACCCUCCUCCACGCCAAAUGCGAAUGGAUCCUGUGUAAUCACCUAUGUGGGACGACCGAGGGAGCGGCAGCCGUCCGUGGAUCUCAGCAAUCUACCGUCCACUUCCACGGGCAGGCGAGGCAGCCGCGAUGCCGUCGUUUUAACCGCUCCCGAUUUGCAACUGGACGAUUGGUCAUCGGACGACGAUGACGAUGAUGUGGUCUUUGUGCACUCCACCCGUGAGCCCAUACUCUCCAUAGACUUGACUUCGGAUGACGAUGGAUUGGCCAACGAGGCGGGACAGCGGGACAGGGAGAGGGGUCGCGAAAGGGAGCAGGAAAGAGAUCGCGAAAGGGAGAGAUACCAACGCAAUCCAGAGGAACCAAGUGAGGAGAGAAGACCAGUGUUUAACUAUGCCUACGCUUUGCCCUGUGCCCGCCGGACAGAUCGUCGAUCGGAGGCCAAUGGAGGUGAUGGCACCUCGGCCUUUGCUUUUUACAGCGGCGCUCUGGCGGAUCGAGCGGCCAUUUCGGAUCACAACUACAGUUAUGAGUUGGAUCAGCUGAUGGAUCCCGGCGCCGCCAGCCAUUUCUAUCCGCCCCGCUGCUCCAGCAUGGAUCCGCAGCGCUACUUUCUUCCGAUUAAUGAGUCCUCUAUGUGGAUGCAGGGUCAUCCACAGGCGCAGCCACCUCCGCAGCCUCCACCGCCGAUCCUGCUGCCGGAUAACUCAUCCGCUGAUGCCUUCCUGCGCCAUUCCACGCCCAGCAGCUCCGCCAGCGGACAGCAGGCAGCUUCGCAGCAGCAGCAGGCUCGAAGGAGGAGGAGCAGCCCAGCGAACGUGUACCACCGCUACCAUCCGUACUAUGUGCCCCACUAUGCCAUCACCACGCUGCCCACUGUGAUGGAGGCGGACUACUCGCCCAGCCUGCAGCCUCAUCCGCAUUUUCAGGGCGGUCAGGGCGGCAGCAGUAGGAGCUCCUUAAGUGGAGCCCUGAAUGCUGCUGCGGUGGCGGCCACGGCGGCGGCGGCCCAGGCGCAAACCUUCAGUGAUCUGCUCUCGCAGGCGCACCAGGAAGGGCGGGCAGCUGCCUUGGAAGGCAACCGAACGCCGCCACAUGUGAUGGUGCAUCCACAGCAGCAGCAGCACCAUCGGCAAACCAUCAAUCCGCCAGCGGGGGCAGCUGUUUCGCCGCCACCGCCGCUGGAAAUGUACUCGGGUCGCAGCACCAUUCCGCACUGCGGAUCGCCGCCGUUUAGUGUGCGACGCUCGGAGGCGGCGUAUAGCAAUCGACAGCACUAUCAACCGCAGCCGCAUCAGGGUCACCAGGCGCCACAGAACCAGAUGCAUGCGCACAUUCAUCCUCCCCAUCGGGCCAGCGCCAUUGUGGCGACUUCUUUAACGCCCGCUCCACCCUAUCCAGUGCAUCAGAACCUGUGGUAUCGACAGCAAAGCAUGCAGGAGAUGCAUCGCCGCCACAUGACGCCCACGCCCAUCGAUCUCUCCUCGAAUGCCCCGCUGCUGACGAGCACUUUGCGCAAUGGUUACCUGCACAGCAUCUGCAGCUGUGUUCAUGCCAGGAACGGUCCCGUUUCCAGCCUGGAUCCCGCCUACUAUCCGCCCUACGAGGCUGCCACGUCUGCUGCGGCUCCACCGCCGCCACCCUCGCAGCAACAGCAGGCACCUGCCACAUCCGGAGCAGCUAGUGCACGACACAUGCAGCUGCAGCCGCAACAGCAGCCGCCGCAGUCGCAGCAGCAAUCGCCGCCGGUUAUGCAGCACCUGCAGCGCCAGCGAGCCAUCCACCACCACAUGUUCCACCACCACUAUUCGCCGCUGCAUCUGGAGAUCGGACUGGCCACGCCGCUCUCUCUGGGCUCCCGCAUUCUAAUCGGACCACCGCGUCCCAACAGGGGAGCUACUUUGGAAACCAUCGAAAGGAACACCCUACCCCACAAAUACCGAAGGGUAAGGAGGCCUAGCGAGACGGACGAGGAUGCGGAAAAGUGUGCCAUCUGUCUGACCCUCUUUGAGAUCGAGAACGAAGUGCGCCGCCUGCCCUGCAUGCAUCUGUUCCACACGGACUGCGUGGAUCAGUGGCUGGUGACCAACAAGCACUGCCCCAUUUGUCGCGUGGACAUCGAAACCCAUAUGGCCAACGAUGCGAUGGCACCCAGUGCCAGUGGAGUCACAGAUGCCGCCAAUACGGCCGCCUUAUGACAUUGUGUGCACGGAAUCUUCAUGUAAAAUUCCCCCAGACUGAGGAAAUAAUCGUAAUAACCACUAUAUACGAAACCUUAAAAUGUUUAACCCACCGCAACGCAUGCAAUGCCGUGUUGCGCUGAAAAAUAUCAAAAAGCUAAAUCUGUUUGGCUUAAUAUCUAUAUGUAUGUCUAAGUAUCUUAAGUGAUUCGGCAAAUUAUUUCCUAUACAUAUGUACAAAUUGUCCACGUUUUGUGAAAAAAAAUUCUUGUGAUAAGAAUUUCAUAAAUA